AUGGGCGAGCACUGCGCGCGCGUCCGGAAGAAGACCAAGCCGAGGAUCGCACAGCUCCGUAAGAUGACCGGGCGUUCCUGGGGCCUGCGGGAGCCACAGCUGCGAGUAGUAGCCAACGGCUACAUCCGCGGCGCCCUGGAAUACGCGGCGGCUGCAUGGCUCCCUGCAGCGUCCGAGUCCCACGUAGAGCUACUGGAGAUGGAGAUGCGCGCGGCAGCCCGCGUUAUCACCGGGUGCCCCGUGAGCACGCCGAGGGAUCCGCUCCUCGCGGAAGCCGGUCUGGUUCCCGUGAGAGCACGCCGGGACCUGCUCGCUGCCAGACUGAGCUGUCUGGCAGCCUCACAAAGAAGCGGCGACCCACUGCGCGCGGUGGCCGAAGCAACGGCCCCACGGCGGCUCCGCACCACCACCGGCUGGCGCGACACGGGGGCGCGCGCCCUGGUGAGCGCGGGCGUGCGAGAUGUACUUGUGGAGGAGCGCCUGCACGUCACCAUCCCGCCGUGGAUCGAUGACACCAGGGUCCAGUUCAGACUUGACAUCGGCAACCACAUCAGCCGCACAGCACCACCCGACGUCCGGCGGGAGAGAGCGGAGGAGCAUCUGGCCACCCUCCCAGACGACGCCGUAUGGGUGUGGAGCGACGGCUCGGCGGAGGGAGGUGUCUCAGCCGGAGGGAGUGGAGCGCUGAUAACCCUCCCCUCAGGCGAGGAACACGAGCUCCGAGCCCCUGCAGGCAAGAUAUGCAGCAGCACCCGCGCCGAACUGGUGGCGAUCCGCGGGGCACUGGAGAUGCUGCUGCAGCUGGAGGGCGGCCUGGCGGAGAGCCCGGUCAUCGUCUGCGCCGACUCGCAGGCGGCGCUCGCCACACUGGCGAGUGGGGCUGGGAGCCAGGCGACAGCACUCGGCGCCGCCGUAUGGCGACUGCUCCUGGCGCUCACGGACGGAGGACGCCGAGUCUUCAUGCAGUGGAUCCCAGCGCACUGCGGAAUACCCGGCAACGAGAGAGCGGACGUGCUGGCUAAAGAGGCAUCCAGCCUGUCGCAAGACGCCGUCCCAACGGACGUCCGCUCGAUGGUGAAGGCAGUCGGCCGCUCCGCCACCAAGGCAUGGCGUCGCAGCUGGCCAGACAGCUUCUUCAAAACCAUCAUGGGAGACCGGAUGCCGAUGCCGGUGCUCCUGGAGUCUCGCGACGAGGCGGUCAACGUCCACCAGCUGCGGGCGGGACACUGGAGCCGCUCGCAGAGCUACCUUCACAGAAUUGGACGCCGCCCCGAGCGCGACUGCCCACAGUGCAGUGAUCUGGCCUGCCCGGCGGCGCGCUGCCUGGUGUGUCGCGAGGGCCCGGACACGCCGGAGCACGUGCUGCUGAGGUGCCCGUGUUUGGCUGGCGCGAGGCUCCGCCUACUCGGCAAUAUCAGACCGGACCCUACGCAGCUUCGAGACGGCGGGGCCGUGGCGGCCUUGAGCCGCGGCUACCUCAGUCACCAAGAGCCGUUGGGCUACGGUCGGCCGUGA